UCCCGUGCGUGGUUGCAAACGUGUGAAAUUCAUAUUUAAUUACACAGUCAGCUAUUAAAUAUAUAAACUAGCAUAAUUAUCGUUCGGUAGAAGGCCAGCUAGAGCGUGCGGAAUUUCACUGGGCAGCGGCCAUUUUGAGCGAAACGUCAGCGGGACUUGCCUUUGUAUUUGACUGAAAUUACCUACGGUACUGUUUUAAGCUUUAACGCGGCAAGUUAAACGUAGUAAACAUUAUACCAAAGCUCACCACUACACAAAUUCAAUUCACAAAAGUAAACAAAAAUGGCCGAUGAAGAUAUUACCCUAAGCGAGGAUCAGCUCUUAGAAUCGUUGGAAGAAACCAACGGCGAACAGGAGACUGAAAUUGUGACGGAAGCCGAGGAGGAAUCCAGCAUGCAAAUUGACCCUGAACUGGAAGCCAUCAAGGCACGCGUCAAAGAAAUGGAGGAGGAGGCUGAAAAAAUAAAGCAAAUGCAGUCUGAAGUGGAUAAGCAAAUGGCUGGUGGAUCCACAACCGGGUUGGCCACAGUUCCACUAUCCCUUGAAGAAAAGCAAGAAAUUGACACAAGGUCCGUGUAUGUAGGUAAUGUGGACUAUGGAGCCUCUGCCGAAGAACUGGAAGCCCACUUCCAUGGUUGCGGCACCAUAAAUCGAGUCACGAUUUUGUGUAAUAAGGCUGAUGGACAUCCCAAGGGCUUCGCUUAUAUUGAGUUUGGGUCAAAGGAAUAUGUUGAGACUGCAUUGGCCAUGAACGAGACUCUAUUUAGAGGGCGUCAAAUUAAGGUCAUGUCCAAGCGCACUAAUCGCCCUGGACUUUCCACCACAAAUCGGUUCGCCCGGGGCAGUUUCCGUGGUCGAGGAGCGCGUGUUUCACGUGGUGCCUGCUGUCAUACAACCUUCCGAGGCGCCCGUCGCGCAAUAGGUUACCGUGGCCGCGCAAAUUACUAUGCACCCUAUUGAUUAUUGUUUUUUAACUAUUAGUAAGAUUUUUUUACUAUAUAAUUUCAAAAAACAUUAUUAUAUUGCCAAAAACUUCUUUGCA